GACCGAGACCGCUUCAUGGAUGAGUUCUUUGAGCAGGUGGAAGAGAUCCGGGGUUUCAUCGACAAGAUCUCAGAGAAUGUGGAAGAGGUGAAGAGGAAACAUAGCGCCAUCCUUGCUGCCCCCAAUCCUGAUGAGAAGACAAAAGAAGAGCUGGAAGAACUCAUGUCAGACAUAAAAAAGACUGCCAACAAAGUCCGAUCCAAAUUAAAGAGUAUCGAGCAGAGCAUCGAGCAGGAAGAGGGACUGAACAGGUCGUCUGCAGACCUGAGGAUUCGGAAGACACAGCACUCGACAUUGUCCCGGAAGUUUGUGGAGGUCAUGUCCGAGUACAACGCCACCCAGUCUGACUACAGGGAGCGUUGCAAAGGCCGAAUCCAAAGGCAGCUGGAGAUCACUGGCAGAACCACCACGAGUGAAGAGCUGGAGAACAUGCUGGAGAGCGGAAACCCUGCCAUCUUUGCUUCAGGGAUCAUCAUGGACUCCAACAUCACAAAGCAAGCACUGAGCGAAAUUGAAACGAGGCACAGCGAGAUCAUUAAACUGGAGAACAGCAUCCGGGAGCUUCACGACAUGUUCACAGACAUGGCCAUGCUGGUGGAGAGCCAGGGUGAGAUGAUUGACCGCAUUGAGUACAACGUGGAACAUUCAGUGGACUACGUGGAGCGCGCCGUGUCAGACACCAAGAAGGCUGUCAAAUACCAGAGCAAAGCCCGAAGGAAGAAAAUCAUGAUCAUCAUCUGCUGCGUGAUCCUGGGCAUCAUCAUUGCUUCCACGUUUGGGGGUAUCUUUGGAUAG